UUCUCCUUAAUCUCUCCUUAUUAUCCAACAUAUUUGCUUAUCCAGAGUUCUGCCGGCCCGUUUAUGUUGGAGAAGUGAGACUCUACUGUCUAUGACUAUUGAGCCUUUGCCGCCUGCUGCCUGGGCCUGGCCAUUCCCUGGUGUUGCCUCUCGCUUGUUCGGCCAGUUUCGCAACUUCCUUCCUUCUCUUUUGGGAGGAAAAAAAACACCCAACCGCUUGGCAAAGAGCUGACUUCAGCAGCUGGAAGAAGCCUCCCACGUGACCCAAGUCAACAAGGGCCAGGGAAGCAGGCACUCGAAGGGGGAAGAGGCUCCUGAUCCCGAAAGAGAGAGAGAAAGGAGGAAGCCAAGACUGCGACUCAGCUCCAGCUUCCCGGGAAGCUUCCCAUGCGUUGAGAUUUCCCUGCUUUGCCCAUACAGACAGAAGGAAGGGCCCAGAUCUUUGUUGGCUUUGCUUCCUCCGCCCUUUGCUGCCAGGGAUGGGGUCCAGGCGGCUGUGGCUCUUCCCGGUCCUCCAGAUCCUCGUCUCUUCGGCACAGCUUUGUGAAAUCCCACCAGGAAACGGGCACCGCGUGGCCUCCUUGAGCGCGGAGCUCUUGUCGCUGGCCCACGAUGCCACCCGGGCGCCCGACCCCAGCCUCUACCUGGGCCUCCGUCUUUCCGAGCGCCACAGCCUGGAGAAGGAGCGCCUCUACCUGGAGCGGCUCCAGGGCGUCUAUCAGCCCAACGACAGCAAUGACCAGGUGGCCCCCAGGUACCAGGAGCAGCCUGGCACGGGCCGCCUGGCGCUCUACCUGCUGGCGCUGCGCGGGGCCUGCCACGACAUGGACACGCCCGAGGCCCACCGGCUGGUCACCCAGCUGAAGCUUCACCUGCACAAGGAGAAGGCGGAGAUAGGUCCCGAGAGCCUCGGCCGGCCCCUCAGCAACUAUUACCAGUAUGGCCUGGGGCUCCUGGCCCUGUGUGUCCAUGGGAAGAUGGUCGACGGGCACGUGAUCCACAAGCUCUUGCAUGCCGAGGAGCACGGCCGCCUUGGGAUCCAUGGCAAGCUUUCUGUGGACACGGAGGCCAUGGCAGGGCUGGCCUUUGCCUGCUUGCAGCGGGCGGCCUUCUACCCUCCGGAGCUGAGGGCCAAGCUGCGCCAGUCUGUGGAGCGGGUGAAGGGGAAAAUCUUGGAGGGCCAGACCCCCGCAGGGGCCUUUGGGAACAUCUACAGCAGCCCUCUGGCAGCGCAGUUCCUCCUUGCCGUGGGGCAGAGCCAGAAGGAGCCCGAGUGCCCCAAGGGCAUGGCCUUCCUCCUCCGGCACCUGGAGCAAGGAGACUCCCCCGACGUCCUCUUCAAGUCCCAACUGCUGCCCGUUCUGAAUGGCAAGAGCUACCUGGACAUUGCCAGCGUGGAGUGCCACGCAGAGACGGACGGCCUGGCCCUUGGCACCCCCUCACCCACAUUGCCACAGCCCACCCGGCAAAGCAAACGGAUAGCCGUCCAGCUGAUUGUGAAGCGCCCGCCGCGCAGGCUGCCCCUCUACCGCCGGGUGCUGACGGUGGCCCCGGGCUCCUCUCUGCUGGAUGUGCUGAAGGUGGCUUCCAGGCAAGAACGGGUGCCACUCACGUUUGAGACCCAGGAGACCUUCUCGGGCCCGUUUUUGAUGGCGCUGAUGGGAGUGAAGGCUCAGGAAGGGGAGCACAAGUAUUGGAAGAUCCUCCGAGCCCCCAACAGCCUCCUGGAGCAAGGCCUCGCCGACUACCUUCCCCAGGACAAGGAAACCAUCAUCUUAAGGUUUAGCCCUUGGUAGGGGCUGGGUUGGCAGUGCCCUCUCUUUGCUAGCUGCCCCCACCCCAAAAAUGGACCAUUUGGAGACAUGGUGCCACCCUGGCAGAUGCCAGGCACACGGUUCCGAUGGAGGGACCUUCUUGCCGCCUGGCCGGGCUCCCUGCGGCAGUGGGAAGUGUCCUGGGCCUGCCUUCCACGCAUCGGACAGACGGCUUUUGCACUUGGGGUGACAGCACCGCACAUGAGCCAAGCCUUUGGACCCAUGCGCACCAAUAUAGUCCGGAUCCCAAGGCUGACAAAAUGUGAUUCAGAAA